AUAACAAAUUCACUAAUAGUAACAGAACUAAUAAUGAUCACUCUGCUGGUGAUAUUGUUUGUCGUGAUGUUUUGUCACCAAUAUCGAUGGUUCGUAAUUCGAAGGGUUUUUUUUUGCGCAGCUUUAUGUUACACUUUUCGUGCUUUUUGCAUUGUUUUACUUCAGGUACCGGUACCAAGUGAAAAAACAUAUUGUGCACCAAAAAGUAAUGGUAGUUUGAAUGUAAUAAUCAGUCGAAUGUUAAGAAUAUUUUGGUCAGCUGGAAUUGAACAGCUUCGUCCACGAGAGCUUUGUGGUGAUUUGAUCAUAUCGGGACAUACCAUAUCAUUGUUUAUGGCAGCAUUAGCUUUAAAACAAUAUUGUCCGAAGAAACUUUAUUGUUUAGCUGAACUAUGUUAUUAUGCCGCUUUUAUAGCGAUACCUUUCAUAUUAUUAGCCAGGAAGCAUUAUACAAUUGAUGUAGUAUUGGCCUAUUGCCUUACGACACGUAUCUUCUGGACUUAUCAUUCAUUAUCACACUCUUAUCAUCAAGGUGAUUUUGAUCAAAUUCCCUUAAAGCAAUCAAUUUGGGCUUUUAUGGUACCAUAUUUGGAAGCAGAUGCACCACCACCGCAAUAUUUUCAGAAUUAUUGGAAAUUGCCAUCCAAUUGUCCACAAUAUCUUCGGAAAAGAUUACCAUAA